AUGGCGGAACCUCACGACAACACAUCUGUGCCCGAGCACCAGCCCGAGGCUCAUAAUCUGGCACCACCUCCUGCGAAACAAUCAGUCCGAUCUUUCAAGAAGAAAUAUGCCAAGCUCAAAGUCAAGUUUGAGUUAGGCACACGCGAGAGCGAGAAGCUGAUUCGGGAGGAAUUGCGCAUUGAUGACCUAUCAAAACGCAUCCAGGAACAGAACGAUCAAUUACUCGAGGUCCUUCUCGAAUUCAACGAGAGCUUACAUGUUCCUCCUGAAAUGCGGUUCGGACUGAGCAUGCCGAAUGACCCUCCCUUGCACCCCGCCACAGAACAAGAGAUCUUACCUUUGAUCAACGAUGCAACCCUCGCAAAGCAGGCGUGGGCUGAGGCUAAGGCUGGACUUGCUGCCGGCAGUAUCGACACAAGCGCAUACCGCAUGAUUGAAGAAAACAUCAAGCGCAACAAAGCGUUUGCGCCGUCCCAACACUACGGCUCUCUAUCACAAACUGACCACGCCAGCCUGGAGGCUGCCGCUCAAGGCAGGAAAUCCGACAGCGACAGUGAGCGCCAGCUUGGAUACCUCACGCCCGAGCAUGAAACGGAGUUUUAUCUCGCUUUGGAUGCCAAGCUUGGUGACAAAGCCGCAGCGGCAGAGCUUGCCCGCAUCCCAGAUAGAGCAACUUUUGCAGAGCGCGAGCGCGAUCGGUCUAUCAGAAACCCGGCUUCAGUGUAUAACUGGCUGCGUCGCAACCAACCGCAAACCCUGCAAGACAAUGAGGGUGCUUCUGAGAAGUCAUCAUCGAGACCUUCCAACCAGCGAUCUUCCAAGCGAGCACCGGCUCAGCGCAAGGACGAGGACAUGUAUGAUGAAGAUGGAACUGAGACACAACCCACACCCAAGAACAAGCGCAAGCGCGAAGAGGAUACAGGGUACCGACCCAAGGGAGGCAGCAGCCGGUCCAAAAAGAAGAAAGAGGAGCCCAAUCCUAGUGCAAACAAAGCCGCCAAGAAACCUUAG